AUGGUCACCACCACGUGGGACUCGCAGGCCAUACACAUUAGCGCACCCGUAGUCAUACAACACAAACCCAGCUUAGCUUACAAUAGACAGGGAGAACCGGCCGAGUCUAAACAGACAUCACCCGGUGCCGCUCCGCCCAAGGGUGGCGAUAACCUGCACGCCUCGUCGGUACCCCACGGCCAGUCGUCAGUGGCCGAGUUAGGCGGUCACAGCCGUAUACCCUAUGAUGUGUGUGACCGUAGAUUUUGUAUUGGACUGCCGGCCAAUUGUGUUCAGUACCGGACGUGUAAUAUGCUGUUGUCGGGCGGGUAUGUGUCCCGCGGCGACGGUAUGGUUGAGUUUGAAGUGUACGCCGAUGUGAAUAAAUAUAAUGGUAACUCUUACUACUCGGUCGGUUUGUCUACUGAUAAUAAAAUGGGUGACGAUAGUGUGACCGACUGUAUGGUCAGCGAUGGGCGACCACUGAUCCGCAAUAGUGUAAACAUCGGUCGCAGUAACGAGUAUUUGUCCCAAAACGAGUACCACUCGGUAACACCACUCAACACAACCUAUGCUAACGGAGUGUUGUAUUGCAAGUGGAGGCGCCGCCGGAGGUCCACAAUCCGGGGCCAACAGUACGACAUCAAAGACCGCAAGUAUUACGUGUUGUUAGCGUUUGGACUGUUGGGUCAGAACAAAGACAAGGAGUUUCAUACGGAGAGGUUAGCCAGUGAUAGGGCUGUGGAUAUACGGCAAAUCGGACAUGUGCACACACAGUCCAGUGCGUUUCUUAUUAGAAUACAUGGCACAUUUAUGAUUGUGGCAUGGUUGGGCUGCGGUCCGCACCAGUUGUUUGGUUUGGCCGCAGUAAUCAUAUCAGUACUCAACCCAAUUGGUGCUGCGAUUAGACCUAAAGCCGAUUCAUCCAAACGAUGGAUAUUUAAUUGGUUUCACUUUUUGGUGGGAAAUGCGGGUCACGUGUGCGCCAUAACAGCCCUCUUCCUGGCCUACAAUAUAACUGUCAAUCAAUUGUCACCCAUUUAUUUAUGGAUACUUAUUAUGUAUAUAUUUUGA